ACAACCGUUGUCAAUACUAAUGGUGGACCAACUAAAAUAUUCAACAUGCAGAGUAAUCAUUUAAUGAACACGGUAAUUAUUAACAAGAAGAGAAACAUGUGUUCCAAUUGGCACCCAUUUAUAAUUUGAAGAACGUUUUAUUCAUUUGUUGGCCAUUUGUUUACUUGUACUUCUUAGCUUACACAACCUUUGCAAAUCUCAAUAUGUCCUGCCUUUCUAACUUUCUAUUCUAUCUAAUUUCAACUUAUUUCAAGCUUCCAUAUACUGAUAUACUUUGUUCUUCUAAGAUUCUGUUUAUUAAGAUUUAAUUGUAGGUUAACCUCUUUUUUAGCUGCUAUAGUGAAGCUAUAGCAUGCCUAACUAAUUCUUCAAUACUUAUUAGGGGCCUGGCGCCUAACCUAAUUACAAAGAAUUUCUACUGCUACUCACCUAAUCCUAACCUACUCAUAACUUCAGUAGUCAAUAUUUAAUUUAAUAAUGCCACCAAUAUUUUAAAAGGGGUCUCAAUCCCAAUUCAAAAAUACAGAUUCAAUAUGCAAUUUUUAAGCUCAUUAUGUUUGUAAACUUUGUACAGCAAUUCCAGACUUAUAUAUUUACUUUAGUCUUUAGGGAAGCGUUAUACGCAGUCGGCUGUGCAUAACCCUGAGAGUUAUACGCAGUCGACUGCACAUAACCCUGGGAAUUUAGCCAAAUAAGGUUUAUUACGCUAGUUUGGCCAAUUAAAAAAAAAGUAUUAUGCGUAAUUAGCUGCAUUAUGGUUUGUUUUGAACUAUAACUUUUAAUUUGUUUAACUUAAAAUUUUAAUUAAUAUUGAGUGAUAGUAAUUUUAUUAGUGCUAUUAUUAGUAUUAUUGCUUUUACCUUAUAUAUUAUAAUUAUAAGUCUAAGUAAAAGUCUAAAUUUCUUAGAGUCUAAGACUAAGAAGAUGAUUAUGCCUUAAGGCAGUGGUUUCCAAACGUUUACGUUUGGCAGACCAGUGAAUAAGUUUCGAAAUUUUAUUAGGGACCAGUGCAUGAUUUAUUUUUAUACUUUUAUUUCUAUUUGACAAUAAAUAUUUAUGUUAUGGGGCCCGCAGUGUUAGGCAUGCAGACCGGUGAAGGACCAUGGACCGCCAUUUGGGGACCACUGCCUUAAGGCAUUUCCAUGGUUUAAGUCUAGUUCUGUACUCUGAUUGAUUAGGUUUGUAUAUGUUGCUAUGACAAUGUGGUUGGUUUUAUUGACUAAUUCAGGAAAUACAUUCUAUUUAUUUUUUAAAAAUUAUAUCAUUUAUGAUUUUUUUUUUGGUGACCUAAAUGUAACAGUUUUCAGCUUCCAUGCAAAACUAUAACUGUGUGAAAGUAUUACUUACAGUACCCCCUGCCCCUACAGCUAUCUGCCACAAAAUUAGUUAACAACACAAAAUAUAUAUUAAAAACACAAACAUGUAUUAUGAUAAUUAUAAGUAUAAGAAUAACAUUAUUAACAUUACAUUGGUCAAGUUAAUUCUUAUCGUGUUUUAACAUUUUUUAGCCAAAACAAAAGUAAAACAAUAAGCCUAGCUGGUACUGCUAACACAUAUUAUACAUUCAUAACUGGCCUUUGGGUGGAAUUGAUCGCCAGACCACCAACUUGAAGUUUGCUCAGUUAAUACCAUUCGACCAUCCAGUCACCCUGAUAACGAAGAACCUUUAUCGAUCGAUACUGUAACACAGGAAGUAACCGUUAUAAUUGUCACGUGGCCAACCGAAUAUAGACCUCUUGGGACUUGCCAACUGCGUAUAACUCUCAAGGUUAUACGCACUCUCAGGGUUAUACGCAGUCGACUGUGUAUAAUCACUUCGUUUAUUUUAUACUUGUUGUCAGAUUCAAAUAAGAUCAAAUUACAGAAACUUUUAAUCUUUUAAUUAGCAAGAAUACAUCAAAUUGUAAUCAGUUAUUCAUCAUAGACUAUACCCGGGUUGAGCAAUCUUUAAAUAUUUAACUAAGUGGCCAACUAUACAUUUUUUCACAAUAUUAAUUGUCAUAAAUUUCAUAAUUUUAUAAGAAAAAAACAUUUAAAUCUUAUUUUAAUUAUUUAAUUUUUUUAAAUGUGCAGAACUUAGAAAAAUAAUUAUCAAUAGCAGAAUUUAUUUUGCUCUUCUCUUCAAUUUAUUUCAGGUGAUAUAUACAAAAUGAGUGAACAAGACAGUUCAGAUGAAAUUGAAGAUCAGGAAGUAAAUGAGAAGGAUACUGAAAAAGAAAAGGAUGAAAAUUUUUAUGAAAAAGAAUUAGAUGAUUCUGAAAUAAAAGAUGAUUUGAUUGUGGUUAAUAGAGUUUUGGAAGAAGACACCAAUUUAGAUGAAAAUUUGAAUAGUGAUGAGGAAUAUGGCUUGAACACAAUCAGUGAUGAGGAGGAUUACCAGCCAGCUAUUGCAGCGCUACCUCCUAAAAUCAUCAAGCAGGAAGAAAAUCAAGUUGAAGUUUCAUCCAGUCCAGCAUUCCAGUGUCUAGAUGAGGUUGUUAAUUUUGCAAUUCAAUUAUUAAAUAUGUAUCUCCUAUACUUAACAUAUGUUAUAAGCAUACAAAUUGUUCAAAUAACAAAUCAACAAUAGACAAAAAUGUCAACAAGAUCAUCGUUGAUCUUACUUUCAAGGAAAAUUAUUCUUGCCCAUUGUCCUAUACAAAAAGGUUAAUUUUAAGUGUCUGAAAAGAAAAGAUAAUCGUCAUGGAUAAAUGAGUUAGUUUGUGUCUUUCAGUCAAAAUUACUUUGAGAAUAAUUAAGCCUUUUUUUGUCUUUUGUGCUGUCAUUAUUUUUAAAAUUGGAAUUUAUUCAUCUUAUUUAUUAUUAUGUAAUACUCUGAAGCAGGCCUGCACAACUCAAAAUAUAAGGUGGACUGUAAUACUUUAUGAAAAACUGGGCUGGCCAAAAAAUAACUGGACGGUAGAAAUCUAUUAAAAAAAUAAUAAUAAUAAAAAAUAUUUCGUUGCUUCAAGGGUCACAUAGGGGGUGCAGGCCUGCUCUAAAGAGAAGAUAAAACUAUAUUUAUCAUAUGUAGUAUUUAUAAACUCUUGCAUUAGCAGAUUUUGUUAAAAAAGUUAUACAAAAAGCUUUGUUAAAUCUGAAUAUAGCUUGAUGUAUAGAUUUGAAAUAUUAAAUUUUAGCUAUGAUUUUGAUUUUGUUUUUCAUGAAGUAUUAGAACUUUUUUCUUUUCUUAAUUUAAAAAUAACCAUCUUUCUUUUCAGCUCUUUCAAGAAGGGAAGUUAACUGGCACAAAAGUUGCAUUUCUCAAAGCAAAAUAUACAGAACUCCAUGAAAUUCUGAAAAAGUAAGUUCCACUGUAAGCAACUUUUGUUUUAUUUUAUAUUUAUUCCUAACUUACUCUUAUAUAGCUUGUUGAAUAGUGUUUGGUUGAAGUAGAGAAAUGAACUUAAUGCAUAUUGCAACAAUAAAUAUAAUUCAAAAUGUAUAAUUUUUACUUUCAGAACCAGAGAAAGUGAGGCAAAACUCCUACAAGAUGCAAAAAAAAGUGCAAAUUAUCUAGACAGACAGUUUGAAGAACUUGAAAAAGGGGAUCAUUUUCCUGAGAAUUCCAAUACAGAAGUUUCUAAGAUGAGAGAACAAUUGUUGAAACACAACAAUGAACUAGCACAAGCUGAGGAGAGACAGUACCAGUUAGAAUAUAAAAUUGAGUGGUAUGUGACAUGGGCUACCCUUGCCAGUGCCAUCUUUACAGCAGCGGGGCCGCUGGGCAAACUAAUGCAAUGAGGCCUCCAUCCCUCUUUAUACUCAGGGCUGUGCAAAGGAAGGGGCAGCAGGGCAAAUCACCCCUGGUGCCAACAUCAGGGGAUGCCAAAAGUGUCUUAUGAUAGACCCUUAAUAGUGUUACAUGAUAAAAUCCCAAGUACUUAACAUAAAGAGGGGCUCCGAAAUCAUCUUACUAGUCUUCCCUGGGUGCUGGUUUUCCUCAGCAUGGCUCUCUCAAUAGCCUACUAUUCAAAUAAUUUUUGGAAAAGCAUUAUGGCCCAGGUUGACCCAUGCAUUUUGACCAGUUUCUUUCAGUUAAUCUAAUCAGCAGGGGUACCAUUUCAAGUGGUCAGUGAGAGGUGCAGGGCAUCUGUCAGCACCAAAAUUAGGCAUUUUGAUGCCUAGGGUCAGCUUUGACUUUGCCGUCUGUGUAUAACCAUAAAUUCAUUCUGAUAGUGGAACCCCAUCUUAGUUUCACCCCUGGAAUCUAUAUAAUCCAACUAUGUUCUGGUUCUGGAUCUGCUAGGGUACUUUGCUGAAUCCAUGUACUGGCAUAUGUGCAACGAUUAGGGGUGCGAUGCUGGUAUUUUAAUGGAUGCUAGGGAAGUUUUGAAGCUCUCGAUUGAUGUCAAGUUUACAGCGGUAUUGUCCAGGUGGUUCCAAGCAAUGAUUGUGCGUGGGAAAAAUGAUUGUUUUUAUUGGACUGUAUUACACCGAGGCACAGUGAAGCAUUUACUAUUAUUCCAGAUGUAUUCCAAACUAAAGGAAAAUCAUAAUGUAGUCCAUUCAAAAAAAAUCUUUGUAAUUACUUACAUCCAGCGCUUCUUUAUUACUGUAAUAACUACUAUUUUGCAUUUAUUUAAAACUUAAGUAAGGUUUUUCCAAAAUUUACUGUUUCAAAAAAAGAGAAAAAUUCUGCAUUGUAGAAAAGGUCUAUAGAUUUUGUAUGACUAUUAAAAACAGGUAUUUUUAAAAAUAAAAUGUAUCUAAAUGGUAUAAAAAAGAAGACAGGAAAUAUUUACAAAAGGUGUCAUAUAUUUAUUAAUAUAUGACUUAUCUGUGGGAAGAUAAAGCAGUAUGAAUUUCCAAACAAAGGCUGUAACUUAAAAGGCUUAUUUGAAAUUUUAAACUACUAUAACUUUCUUUAUUUAAAUGACUAAAUAAUGGACUUAUGGCGCCUUUUGUAAGACUCUUUGAUUUUCUCCUCGCCUCUAAAACUAGUAGCAAAAAAUUGAAUUGAUGUGAAAAUCGAACAAUUUGUUUUAAAGAACUGGAGAAACAGCCUUCCCACUGCAUUUUGAAAGCAAAUUAAAUUGCCAAAAAAUUUCAAUAUUCAUUAACAUUAUUGGCAGCAUAAUGCCCCCUAGAAGCAACAUACACCCUAGAGGCCUGAGGCUCAUGCCUUAAGAUGGCACUGAGCCUUUCAGCAUAUUUUGUAAUAGAUUCUAUUUUUAUUUCUAAAUUUAACAAAUCCUGUCCUUGUGAAAAAAAUAUAUAGUUAUUAAAUAUUUAAUCAUUUAAGAAAAAUAUUAUGAUUGAUUUAAUAAUUUUUUUAUUUUCAUAGUCUUGAAGAGGAGAAGAAAAUUGUUCAGCGUGAAUAUAAUAGAUUACCCAAACAAGGAGUAAGUCAAACAUUUGAUCUCAUUAAACAGUUUACUUUACUCAGUCCUUGUGAUUAACAUUUGUGACUGAUCCAUAUGAAAGUAAAUUAGCAACCCAGUCAGUCCGUCAACAAUUAUACAAAAAAUGUUUAAUAAUAUAUUUUUUAAAAAAAAUAGAAAUAAUAAUUUUAAGAAUUUAAACAUAAAGAAUAUUUUGUAAUUUGCUUCAGACAUUAAAUUUCACUUUUAAGGUAAUCCAAAUUUGUGAAUUUUUAUGGAUAAGCUGAUCUAAAAAAGGUAAUUAGUCUCCUUCUUUUGAAUAAGAAUUUCUCUGUGACAUUCUUUCUACAUUUGAUGUUAUCAUUUGACUUUUUAUAGGAAAUUGAGAAAAAAAUGAAAGAGCUCCAAUCUGGCAAUGAAGAACUUCGAAGGGAGGUUUUGCAGCGACAGAAUGAUGCCAAAGACUUGAAGGAAAAUCUGGACACCACAAACCAUCAAAUUGCGAUUGACAAAAAGGAAUUUGAAAAACUAUCUGAAGAGUUGGAGAAACUCAAGGUGAAUAGAAUUUUUAAAAUUGUUUUCUUUUUCUUUGUUUGCACACACAGAUUCAAAUAAUUAAAAUAAGUGAGCUGUCAAUCACUGUUUUCUUUUUCAUUGCUAUUUAUUAUUCUUAAAUAUUACAAAAUAUUUAUUCAAAAUUUUCAUUCAACUUCUUCACAAGAAGCUAUAAUGUUAUUCUUGUUUGCUUCUUGCCUUUUAAAAAUAAAAUACUAUCUUUUCCCAGGCAGAAAUGGUGCAAGUUAACUUUGUCCCUGGACAGUUAAGUAAGGAGGCAGAUAAGAUACUGAGGCAGAAGAAGUGAGUCAAAUUUUUAGUUCUUGCAAAUCUUUGAAGAAGAAAUUUUAUAAGUAAACAAAAAAUGAUGUCAGUUUAAUUGAAAGAUUAUGCCAUUAUCUAUUCAUGGUUGAUUUUUUAGAAUUAACAAAAGAUAAGCCAGCAUGCUGCCCUCUUAAAAGAAACAAAUUAUGUCUGCUUACAUUCUGAACCACACAAUUUUUAGUUAAGUUUUUUUUUUACUUAAAGUGGUUCCUGGUUCCUUUAAGUCUUAAGAAGUGGAUAGAUUUUAUUUAUGUUUUAAAUUAUUAACCACAACCUGCUCUAGAAAAGCACAAUAUUAUGUGUAAUAAAGUCAUAAUUUUAAUUCAAUUGUCAUAUUCUCUUGAUUUUUUUUUCAAAAGAAUUCUUUUAAAUGUUGUUAUAUCUGAUUUCAGUGCCAUUUAUGUGCAACUGGAAGAACUUAAUACAGAGUACCUGGAGUAUGUUGAUCUCAUUAAAAGUUUAGAAAGCCAAGAGAAAUCUCUGAGAGAUGAACACUUUGAAGCUGAAACUAAGUUAAAGAGUGAAAAGGUGUCACUGAACGAGAGAGAAAGGGAACUCAAAAAUGUAGAAAAAGAGUAUGAAUUCGCUAAAGAACGGGAAGUGAUGCUCAAUGGCGACAGGUAGUGCGAAACAAAUUUUAAUGGUGGAAAUUAGAAAAAUAAGUUUAAGAUGAAAUAUUUCAUAACUAUCAUCACUUUAUAUUAAUUAAUUAAUUACAAAGUGUAAUUCACACAUCUGUAUUUUUGAUAAAUCGGUAUAUCUAAAUAGAAGUUAUAAUGGUGGCAUGUUUAAAUUAUGCUAUAGUUAACUUCUAGUUAGCAAUAGCAAGAAAAAGAUGGUGACAUGAUUAAAUUAUAUAUUUUUCUUGCUUCUGCUUACAAAUUUAGAUUAUAUAUAAAUCAAAUAUUCAUCAAAUUUUGAUUGAUUCAAAGAAUCCUUUCAGCAACUUUGCACCAAUUUUUUUAAUCUGUGUAGCAUUUUGCCAACCAAAGAUAUAAACAGUUAAAUGUGAUACAAAAACCAAAUUUUUUGUGGUCUGAUAGUAUAAUAGGUUUGACAAAAGAUUAAGAAGGAUAACUUUGAAAAAAAUACAUAAUGAAUCAAAUAGUAUAAUAGAUUUGACAAGAGAUCAAGAAGGAUAACUUCGAAAAAAAUACAUUUAGAGUUUUAAUUUUAGCUGAUUGCCCUUUGCAUUAAAAAAAAGAAAGCUACGUGAAUUGCAUUUCUGAUUAAUUAAGAGGUUGGGUUUAAAUAAAUAAAAUUAUUAUUUUUCAUAUAACUUGCAUUGGACCUGAUUACUCAUUUUGGUAUUUUCAACCAACUAGAGCAAAUCUUGAUAUGAACCUGCGUCACAUUAUGAUGGAGAGGAAAAACCUUCAUGACAUACACACACGGAAGAUGAAAGAAAAGGAAAGAGAUAUUCGAAAUUUGAAAAAAGCUGAGCUGCAGCUGAAAGUGGCAGAGGAGAACCUGAGUCACACCAAGUCAAUUUAUGAAAAAGUCAAAUCACAAGUGAGAAUAUUUUGUUUUUAUAAUUUACUAUGGGUAGUUAUUUCCCUCAGUCCUCUAGCUACAUCAGGUAGUCUUGUUCAUAGUUAAAUAUCACAAAUCACUCCUCUAGCUAGAUCAGAUAGUUUUGAACAGUGCUAAAUAUCACAAAUCUACAAAAAAUUGUUCAUCCCAUGUCAGGAUAGAUAAUAUUUCAAAAUAGCAAGUUUGGCUUUCCAGAGAAUUUUACUUAGCUGAAGUUAAUUUAGAUUUAUUAAUUAAAUAUUUGCGGAAUAAUGUAUGAAUAAUUUACAAAAUUAAGAUCUUAAUUAUUUUUUAUAAAUUUGCGUCAUUUUUAACAAAUUACAGGUCUUGAGUUUGCCAAAAGAUGAUGGAUCUGUAGUUAAAAAGAGAGAGGAACUUCAAAAGGAAGUGGAACAAGCUAAGAGGGCAUUAGCACAACAGGUACAUUUUAUAAUGUUUUCGGAUUAUCAAGGUGUACAUUUUCAGAACAGGGAUAUUAAUUUAGUCAAAAUUUCACUUACUGCUUUUUAACUAUUUUUUAACAUAUAUUUAUUGAUAAAAAAAUUGUAUUGAAACAAUUAAUUGUCAAGCUUAAUUUUUUUGCUACCAAUUCUAUGUUUAAAUUUUUUUUUUUAACUUAGCUCUAGUUACAAUUUUAUGUCAUUCGCUACUCAGAAUUCCUUGACAGCUGUUGAACAUGUGAAACUUGAGGCCAGUGCACAGGAAGAGCAAAACUUACUGUUCGAACAAAGUGAUCUACGGAUUGAGGUUGUAGAGCUUACCAGGCUUGCAGCCAUCAAGGUAGGUGGCUGAGACAUUGACAUGACCAGGGAUGAGUUACCUUCAGAUUUAAUACCCCACAAUCCCUUGUGAAUUAAAAUAGGAAAGUGUAAUUGAUGCACAUAUUUCUAAAACAUAUUAUUUUUCUUACUUACUUCUUACUUUUGCCUUUUUAUAUUGUCUUCUGGUAUUCUUAGCCCUUCCAUCUGUGUUAUGGACUCAUCAAAGGAUUUAAAUAGCUCAUUUGUCUGUUUAUUCAGCAUACUUUGUAAGAGUAAUUUUUAAAAAAAAUAAUUAAUGAACAUAGGUAAGUUUCAGUUACAGACAUGAGGAAUAUUUAUUCAUUCAUGUUAAUUUUUAAAUUGUUUUUGUGGUCACUUUGUGUCUUCAAGGCAGAUGAAAGGGAACAGAAAGCCAGAGAUUUCAUGAGAGCAGAGAUGAAAUACCACAGAGCAGUUGAGGACCUAAAAACAAAGCAGUUACAGAUCCAAGACCACCAGAAGAAACAUCAGGAGAUGCUCAUCAAGUUAGUGAUUUUACUUAAUAUAGCAUACUUCACUUUAUAUAGCAUUUGAAACAGACUCAUAAAGAUUUAUGUAUUAUUCUCCCGCACUUUUUUUUUAAAACUUGUAUUUACAUUUUUUUUAUUUAGCACAGUGACUCAUAGUAAUUUUUUGUGUUAACUUUAUAUGAUAUAAUUAUAAAAUAAUUAACAAAAUUUAGUAGAAUAAGGAAUUAUAAUGAUAAGUUGGACCUUAGUAAAAAUUGAAAUACAUUACAAAAAAAACCUACUUUUUAAAAAAAACUUUAUUUGCUUAUUGAUAAAUCAAUGUUUGUUUUACUACCCAGACUAAAGGAAUUUGCCAAACUCUAUGAUGUGAUCAAGAAUGAGCGCAACAAGUGUGUCAAUUUAAUCCAAACAUCCACACAAAAAUCAGCAGAGAUGAAAGAAAAGAUCAAAAUUUUAAACAAUGAAAUUGAGAUCUUACGCACAGCAGUCAUGCAGAAAGACAAGUAAUUAAAAUUGAUACACUGUAAUCUCUCCAAAAAUAUAAACCCUGUUCUAGGCAAAAAUGUGUGAUCUUUUUUUUUAAAUAAAAUUUUAGUUCUAUUUCUCCUUUCCAUUAUUUUCAAAAUGUUACAGACUACUUACAUUUGUUUAAAAAAAAUAAAAAAUUGCUGUGAUGUGUUACAGAGAUUUACAGAAGCAUCGUCUCAGGAGGAUGAAUGCUAUUGUGAUGCGUGACUCGCUGCGUAAUGAGCUGGCCAAGCAGCAGCGUCUGGAGGAGGAGAUGAAGGAGAAGAGGGAGCAGCAGAAAGUGGACAUGGCUAAGCUGAACCUUUUGAUCAAUCAGGGAGAAGAGCAGAUGGUCAAGCUCAGGAAUAGAUAUGAGAAAAACGUACAGCACAGGAACGAUAGGUGAGAUGCACAGAAGAUUAUGUGAGGGGUGGUUAGAGUAUGAUGGAUGGUUUGAUAGUGAUGGGUUGGUUGUGAUGAAUGGUAAAAUUGCGAUGGUUUAGGUUGGAAUGGAUGGUAGGAUUAUGAAAUUUUGGCUUUGAUAGGUGGUUUGAUAAUGACUUGCAUGCCUAAGAGACAAGGGUUAAAAAAUAAGUAGUGGAGUUGAACUUUGAGGGAUAUUAAUACAUCCAAUCGUAACAUUAAUUGGUAUUUAUAGUAAGAAAAUUGUAAUUUUUAACUCUAAUUAGUGCAGGUAGUUAAUCCUUGCCAGUGACUUCUCAACUUUAACUAAAACUUUAUUUUUUUUAAACUGAAAAACUAUUUGUAUAAAUCUUCAUUAAAAUGCAUCAGAUUUGAGUCAAAAACACAGUUUAAUGUAUUUAAUUUAAUUUCGUUAACUCAUUUCAGUUGAUUUCAAUGUUCUUAACCUUGUUAAGAGUCAAACGUAUGUUUUAUAUAAAAAAGCCAAUGUAAAUAAUGAAUAUUAGUGGAAUUUUUAAAAAUGUUGCUUUUGUUUCUUUAUAAUAGCUGUUGUUUUUGCCCGGCUAGGUGAAUAAAAGAAUGCCACAAAGUUAUUAUUAAUGUAUAUUUAUAAUUAGGUGUAUUUUUUUGUCUUAGGGGUAUUAAGCUGAUAGAGAGAAAUGAAGAGGUUUGUGUGUUCUAUGAACGAGUCAACAUUCAAGGUAAAUAUUACCUUUAAGUGGAUAUAUCUUAAAUAUUUUGAAAUAUAAAUUUUAAGAAAAAAAAUGUUUUAUUCUUUCUUUCUUUUGCUUUUUGAGUGAAAUGACAUUUUUAUUUAUUUUUCAGAGAUCUUAUUGGUUCAUAAAAGCUUAAAGUAGGAAAUCAUAUCAAUGUAUAUAUAUUAUAUCAUUUUUGUUAUGUUCCUCAGAUCAAAUGAUUCGGAAUGGUGAAGUAGAGCUGAACAGUAAGGAAGAAGAAAUUAGAUUCUUACAGCUUCAGCUACAAGAGUUGAAAAGGUCUGGCCAAUUGUUACAUAGGACAUUGCCAGAUAAGCUAAAUCAAGAGAAGGAGUUGGUUACACUUCAAAUACAGGUUAGAAUUCCAUAGUAGAAAAAACAUUGGGAAAUAUUGCACAUUUAGAAUUGUGCAUAUUAAAAGUAUUAUUUGUUGAUUUUGAAAUGAAAUUUUUCAUGGGAAAUAACAGAGCUAAGAACGCACAACUUUACAUUUAUAAUGAAAACUUGCUAACAAUUUAGUUGCUGCCUUACUAAAUACUGGCAAAACCUGACUUCAAAAACUGUAUAUAUAGCCAACUUUCCUUUACAGUAGUCAUUUGUCAGGAUAACAAUUCAAUUCCCUUGGUUUUAUUUUAUUUUAGAACAGCCCUGAUAAAAUGAAUAAAUGUCAAAAUCCAUCACUUAAAGGCACUGAUAAGAUUAUCUCCAGUGUUAUAUAAUAUUGUAUCUCAAUUAAUACCACCAGUUGAUGAUUUGUAAUAUUCUUUCCCUGUUUGUUAUGUUGGCCAACAGCUGGAACAGUGUCAGGAUCGUAUGUUGGAACUGGAAAGAGCUCUAGAAAACCCAUAUGAUGAAUCUCGUGUCAGAUAUUUAACUGGCAAAGAUCCUACUCCCGGGGAAAUACAUGGAAAAGUGGAGGAGGUAGGCAAUGGUUAGAGAUUGUUAAUUAUAACUGACUUUUGUAUUUAUAUUAUACAGAAAUUUUAUAUUAAAGGGAUGUUGUGUUUUCUUGUACGUAAUUAAUUGAAAUUAAGGUUUCAAAGUUAAAGACUUCUUUUUAUUUAAAUCUUUACACUUUAGCUGGAGUUGAGACUUGCAGAAAAAGAAGAACACCUGCUAGAAAAAGAUUUAAUCUUUGAACAAGUUGAACGUUUGGUUGCCAGGAUCAGCAGCAAAGCUCAAGCUGGUAAAGACGACACAUUAAACCUGGCCAAGAGUGUAAGUUGACUUUUGUAGAAAUGAUGUGCUUCGCAGAAAUUUCAGUUCAAGAACAAUUUUUAAUGAAAAUAAACUUUGGGUGGCAAAAUUCAAUUUUGGUUAAAAUCAAGGAUUUGACUUUUUUUAAUAACACUCUCUUAUUAUAAGUAUAUCUUAUGAAGAAAUGUCCUGUAACUUUCUAAAGCUUUGCUACGUUGUUUGAUAUGAGUUACAAAAAUGAAAGAAAGACAUACCAUCAUAAAUAGAUGAAAUAGGGGAUGAAAAGAUUAUGAACAAAUGUCUAAUACCUGAAUAUGAUCAAUUUGCAGUUUUGAAUUGAUAACAAAUUGUCACUUUAAAUUUUAUAUAUCACAAAUAAUCCAUAAAUGGGACUUUCAGAAAGCUCCCCAAUCAUUUACUGAUUCAACAUUUUAUGUUUUUCGUCAUUCAGGUCAAUAAUAUUCAAGCUAAGAUCAAAGAAAUAACACGUAAAAUGAUGGCCAUUGUGUCCGAACUGUCCAUGAACCAGGCACAAGCCAUGAAGCUCCAACAGGAGGUCAAGGAAAGGGAGGCCGAGCUGGAGCAGUGCUACAUACGCAUGGAGAAAGGAGAGGCUCCCUCACAAGAAUUUGAACUGGAGUGGGAAAGGUUCAUCCGAGAUACAGAAAGUAAACUGGAGCAGGCUGAGGCAAGAAGGAUGGUACGUUUCCAAUAUUUAUAUUUUCACAUUACAUAUUGUUACAUUCUCUUUCAUGGCCCCGGCAUGCACUUAGCAGGUGUGCCCCAUCUGCUGGGCAUCUCUGUAGAUAAGAAUUUCUACAUUUUUGUCUGUGGUGUUCCCAACCACUUCAAAUAGUAGUAUUGGGGAAGUGCCUAGCAAGUGCACUGCUGUCUCCAGCGCCUGUUGGCAAUGAUGGCAGCUCGGGUCCCAAAGAGGAUGCAACCUACCAAAGUAGCUCCCCAUAGGACAGUGUUCUGUUCUCAUCUGGGUGAUGAGGCUCUGGUAUUCACAUUUUAGUUUCCAUCAUUGAUCCCCUUUCAUGUUUGGGUUCGGCACAUUCUAGUAAAGUUUAUGGGCCAUGUCCCCUUAUUCCAUAUUUUUAAACCAAAAUUUUUAACCAUUAUUGCCAAAAAAAAGGUCUUUUUAAGCAUGCUUUGACCCUCAACUGGGUUUGGUCAUUGUUCAAUUUGGUUGCUGCUGGGUAGACCCUUACUUCGCUAGCAAGUCAGCUCUUUUUUUUGGGGGUAAUCCCACAUGUUCAAUGAUCCACUGAAAUACCACUCUGCCUCCACUUGACUUUAGGUCUUGUAUUACAUUUACAAUGGCUUAAUCCUUUUUGUGUUGAUUGAUCACCUUCUCACAGCCUUUAAUGCUAGCUGCAAGUCGGUAAAAACUGGAUGGAAACGCUUUUCAUUUAGCAGACUUCUUCAGAGCCAUAAGUAUAGCUUUGAUUUCUGCAUUGAAAUUUGUGCUAUACUUACCACUCAGCCCUGAAAUCUCCUCCGUUUUGAGUACUGUAGGAGUGCACCCUAUUCAGUUUUGUUUGCAUUAGUGAAGCAAGAGCCAUCUGUGUAGACUUUAACCACAGUAACCUCGUGUGCUUCAAUGAUCCUCGAAGGGGCCUUUUGUUGUAAAUCAAGUGGACUCACUUUUGUAACUGUCACAUUUGCCAAUGUCAGAAGUUUCAAAGCAUUCAUAUUGUAACAGCUCCUGGAUCAACUGCAGCUUUUCCCUGUUUCCCGGUAAAGGGUACCUACUCUCAAGUGAGUGGACUGCAUCCAUUAAGGAGGGUCUUUUUAGCCUUGUCCUCAUUCCCCACAAAUCUUGUAAAUGAAAAAAAUGGGCUCUGUUUUCUCCACAUGUCGUCGCCAUCUUUCCACCGCUAUAUAUUUUGACAUAAAAAAAAUAUAAAAAUUCUGCCUUGCUCUGUAUAAGUUUUUAACGUUAAUUUCUUUGAAAAUGUUCUGUCAGAUGUAUUAAACUGUUGCUUGCACCCUUUGAAAUGUAUUGAUCAUUAAUGCUUUCUUCACCUUAAUACUAACAGUAACAAUUUCUUUACUUCAACUGAAAAAAGCUGUUCUUUGUGGAGAUCAAGAGAUAUACCUUUGAGAUCUGGAUUUUUUAAACAGAUCUGAAUCUCUCAUUGCAUUUUUUUGUAAAUAGGUUGUUAACUUUUACACUAUGAGAUUGCUUUUUAAAUUAACUUAAGAAACAGGCAGACAAGUUGCUCAAAAUCAUUUUAAAAUUUAUCAAAAAGAUAAACAUUGUAUAUUAAUUUUUUUCCUAAAACUAGAUGUCAGAAGAAGAGGAGCAAUAUAAACUGGCUGGAGGAGUCUACACAACAGCCGAACCCAGACCCAAUGCCUACAUUCCUGAGGACGAAAUUGAACUGCCUAUUCCCCGACCCUAUGGGUCCCACGCACCUUUCAAACCAACUGAGACCGGCUCAUCUAUGCGACACAUUCGAAAACCGAUCCCCAAGCCAAUUGAAAUAUAACCCCUUUAGUGUGGUUUCAAAGCAAAAUCUGUGAUUGUUCUUAUAAAACAUUAUUACCAGGGUUUACAUCUAAAUUAGAUUUCUAAAUAAAUAAUAAUAAAUUACCUUAGCCCAUUUGUAAGAGAGCUCUGUUUAGCCUCAUUAAAAUCUGUCUCUCUUACACGAAUUACAUUUUGAAAAUGUUCACUGGGCAAAAAGAGAGCUUGAAACUUUUGUAAGUAAAGAGAAACUCGAUUUUAAAAUAAAGUGUGUAUAUGUUUAAAUUUCAAUGAAUGAUACAAUUAUGGCAUGAAUUACUAAAGCAUCAUUGCUAACUUCUUAUCCAAGGAAUUAAAUUCUAAAAGAAUGAUCAGUAAGUCAAGACCAUUUUAAUUUCCAAAUCUCUUUCCAUUAAAGAUAAAACAUUAUUAGGAAAAAUAAAACCAAACAUUUUAGGUAUUUGGUUACGGGGAAAGACUUAAAUUUUAAGUUAAAGAUUUGUAACAUCAGUUUUUUGCGACUUAAUAUGAAUUAAAAACAUUUCAUAUUAUUUAUUUUCAAAUCCUUCAUACAAAAUGUAAAUGUGAUUGCAAUAAAAUGAGAGUUAAUUUGUUACAUUUCUUUUUUCAGUUAGUUUUACUUCUUACCUGAAGUCCGAAAAUCUUUUACCUUCUUUUACAUAAAAAAUGUGGUGUAGAUAGUGGGGUGCGGACCAUCCUGGAUGACAUCAUCUCAGGGGUGACACCAAAUUGAAAAAUUGCAUAUUUACAGAGCAUGCACUGCUCAGUCUAACCAAAUUUCAUAAAGGAUAACUGAUCACAUAAAGUUUUCAAACAUGUAACCAAUCCAAAUGAGUACUCUAUUAAAAGCUCAAGGUUGACGCCUUCAGAAAUGAGGUAACCCUAUAAUUAGGUAAGAAAAACACCAUUUUGAUCAUGAUUCAAUGCUGAUCGAAGUGUUAGAUAACUUUGGUAAGUGACAAGAAGCUAUAUUUAUCUAAAUUUUGAGAAAUAAAGCAUUCCAUUGAUACCAAGUACAAUGUGUACGGCAAUUCUAAGUACAUAAAUCAAAUUGGUAAAAAUAAACAUAUUUUAAAAUGACUAUUUACCCAUUUAUAUGGUUAAAUAAAUAAUAUUAAACAAAAUUUUCUCAUAUCUUUUAAUAAUUAAUAAGAAAAGGAAAGUUUUAAAUAAAGUAAAUUUAAUGUAAAAUGAACUAUAACUUUAUGUUGUUACAGUUCUUAAAUACAUUUACUUCCUGAG